AUGUCUGACGCCGGUCGCAAGGAUUUCUCUACCAAGGCCAAGGAGGAGAUCACUCCUGACUCCACCAAGUCCACCCAGCAGAAGGUCAAGGAGAGCGUUACUGACACCGGCGACCGUGUCGCUCGUGGUCUGCAGACCGACGGGAGCAAGUCCGGCCCUCAGGAGGCUUUCGACAAGACUCAGCGUUCCCAUGACAACCACGCCCACGGCGGUGCCAGCGGAUCCAUCGGUGACAAGGUCAAGAACGCCGUCGGCCUUGGCAACCACUAG